AAACCUCUCAUUAGAUUACUGCUGACAAACGUGACAUAUCACUCGCGUAGUAUUUAUGCACUGCUCCAAAUAAAAUAUAAGUGACAGUUACAAAGGAAGAAAAUGAUCAAAAUAACACAGGAUAUUAAUUUUGAAAAUUAUACACUUAUUUUACCGUCGAUUGCAGUUGGAAAUGUCGGACAAUUAUCCGUCGAUUUGUUAAUCUCGAACCUUAACCUUCAAAGAAUUGGUCAAGUGUUUAGCACAGCUUUUGUACCCAUCGUCGGUGCGAAUGCUUAUGAAGAGCAUUCAAAGCAGCCUAUUACGGCGAUUGACAUUUACGCAGGAAUCAAAGAACGUCUUAUCGUCAUACAAAUUCGCUCACCGUAUGUGAAUUCUUUAACACAAUUUUUCACCGAACUGAAACAAUUCAUCAUUCAGAAAAAAAUAGCUAAAGUAAUAAUUCUAGCUAGCAGCUACGAUUAUGAAAAAAGAGAAAUUGUCCUACAACAUCUUAAAUUAAGAUAUAUUGCUUCUCCUGAUAUACAUUCAAAAAAUGGCAAAUUGUUUCAUACUCUCAAAUGGAUAGAGCAUAAACCAAAGGAUAUACCUGGUACAAGUAGAAAGGAAAACUUACAUAUACCAGGAGGUGGAUUUGCUAGAAGUAUUUUUGACUAUCUUUCCAAUGCCAACAUUCCUUGUGCUGUUUUGUUCAAAUUUUGUUCUGAGGGAGAUAACAUCACAGAUGCAAUAGCUUUAAUAUACUAUUUAAAUCAAUGGAUACAAGUAUUGGAAUCAAAUAGUGAUAACAGUAAUAAUGACACUACCCAUUUAAAAUAUCCACCAUCAUGGAAACAUUUAUUUGGAAAGCCACUUCAACAUGAUAUAUAUUAAAUGUGUUAAAAUGCCAUAUAAGAUACAAGGGCAACCAAGAAAGCAGCUAAGAGUUCAGAGUUUACCCAAGGCCCAAGAUAUACUCCUGGAUUAUUAAGAACAACAACCACUAAUGGUUUAACGCUGUCAGGAUCUUCUCCAUUCCUUAUGGCUUUACGAACAGCAGCAUAUUUCUCUUCAUCAUAUAAUUUUAUGUUAUAAUCACCAGAUCUUGCUUUCUUGAUAUCUUCUGUCCAGGAUACCUACAAGAAUACACACAAAAAUGAACAAAAUAUACAAAUUUAUUAAA